AUGGAAGGUCAGAACAACCAUCGUGGUGGCAAAGCCAUCCAGAUGAUUCAAGGAGCUCAAUCCAUCGAGAAUAAACUAGCUAUCCGCCAAAAAAGAUCUUCAGCACAACAGAAGAAGCAACUUAACGAGCAAAAAGAUACCCAACAAUCGAUUGAUGUAGAGACGGAAAUGAAGAAACGAGCCUUAGAGUUCGAUUUCUCUACCCUUCGUCAACACCCCGUCUUGACCAUCAAGAAAACAAAUGACAAUGUUCAAAUGAUCAUCGAUCUAGAUUUCUUCCAAUCAGAAUCAGCCCCAGGUAUUAGAGAUCUCAUAGAAGUCCUUACCGAUUACGCAGCUCUCAUCUCCAACGUUAAGAUUCUCAUCAAGGCACCCAAAUACCACUUCAAUACCGCCACUUACAACGGCAGGGCUGAAAACAUCUCUAGAGUAAUCAGCAAGUUGAACACUUUCAACUUGACACAAGUAGAAGUUAUUGCAUGUCUCAAUAGCCACAAUUCUUUUGAGCAGCUCAAGCUUGCUGCCGCUGCAUAUGAUCUAAGGCUUUGUGAUUGGACUUUGGCAUAUGAGCUUUGCGGCUGCAAGGGUAAAUGGGAGGUUCAAAUUGAUAGUUUGUAUGAGCGGAAACUUCGUGGUGUUUAUAGGAAGGAGUUUUUGAAAGAACACUGGUGCUAG